AUGGCGUGCAGGGAGCCACCACAAACUGCGAUCGUCAUUAACUUGCUAAUUGGGGAUUUGGUUCAGGAUGCCGUCAACGAACCACGCAAACUGUCCGAGCAGAAGAACACCUGCCAGCGACUCUUCGACAUUUUAGGCUUUCAGGCCGACGAAUGUUUUGAGGAUUUGGACUGCAAUGAUGUGGCUGCAACGCCCAGUUCGAUCACCGUCCGCACCAAUUUGAAAUCGAGUCUAGCCGAAGCAAACAAACGAAAUUGGCACGGCUGGAUGUCCAAGGCAUUGGCGGAAGAAGAUUCAGACGAGGAUGUGGAGAUCUUUAGGAAGAAGGGAAGCGAUGGGCUCAAGGACAUCCAUUCGAUUGGCGUGCAGACGGACCAGCCACGUCGGCGCAUCCGAGUCUGUCCUGUGGAUUUCGCCCCAGCUCUGGCACCCUGCGAAUCGACGCGACACACGAUCUUCAUCGAUGCCGUUUCCGUGCAGAUUCCAAACGCAUUGGGUCGACCGCCGCUGGCCGAUAGAUUUUGCUAUAUGUUGACCGAUUUCGCUUCGGCGCUUUAUUGUAGUUUCGCCAUCAUGUGUUGUUGCACACCCAAUAUGUUGAGAUGAAUUAAAAAAAAAGGACCACGCUGGUUGGAACUCUGUUUAGCUACA